AUGAAGAUGCCAACUGUCUGUUCCGGGUUCAAAUCUCGACACCUCCUCUUCUCUCCACAAGCCCAAGUAUUCCGCACCCGGAUCUGUGAACUGCAAGGCUCCCAGGUGGGGGGGUUAGGUGGUACGAUUGGCAUAAAGUGUGAGCACAGAGCGCUGGCUGAAAACCAGAAGCAGACCCCAACCGCCGAGGACGGUAGCGGGCACGUGGUUGUGUGCCCCCCCCUGCAGGGCCACGUGAGCGGAGCACGCUCCCAGGCCCGGGCUCCCAGGAGUAGGGCCUCCAUCAGACUCACCGAGGAGGACCCAAAGCUUCAUUUUCCCGGGCCACACUCUGAAGCCCACAGUGGCUCCACCUCCCAAAUCACUGAAGAGGUCCAAAAUGCAGAUGCCUCGAGACUCCUUCCCACUGACUGGAGCCCUCCACCUGUAGAAUUCCUAAACAAGAACAAGAAGGUGCUUCAGGCCUGCAGGAGACCACAGGAGGACUUGGAGAAGGAGCCCCCAGAUUCAGACCCGAAGGUGGGGCUGGCCUCACUAGAGGAACUCUUCUGGAACAUGGCAGGUCCAAGCCAACAGGCUGUGACUCCAAAAAUUGCCUCUGGGUGCUCAGAAUACUAUGUCAACAACCUGGAUUACUUACUGCAAGAGAAGAGGGAACAGGCCCUGGAGCAGGAACGGGAGCAGCAGCUGCAGCAGGAACAUCCCAAGCUUGACUCCUCGGAAUGUGUCGAAUGUGUCGAAGACGACAGAGAAGCAGUGCUCACACCUGAGCACAGGAUGCUGGUGGAGAAGUUCUCCGUAUCUCUCCAGAUCAUUUCGCCAGUGCAUCCAGGUGAAACUGUAUUCCUGCCUAGACGUCACCCUUUGCCCUGCAUCCUGGACUCCUCCAGUCUAAAGCCACACAGUCAGCUGGAAGAGCUGUUCCUCAG